AUGGCAAAAUCAAAAUAUGAAUAUGUAAAAAGUUUUGAAAAGAUGAUUCAUUAUUGCCUAACACUUGGAUGGUUUUCAGAUAAGCAUAAAUUUGAAAAACCAAAUGAUAAAGCAGCUUUAGAUCUUAUGAAUAAGUGUGCACAAUCAAUUAUGAAUGAAUUUCAUGAUAUAAUAUUAGCAUAUGGACAAAUGAUUGUUAGUCAAUUUUCUUCUAAUUAUGUAUAUUAUCGAAAAGAUUAUCUUCCAUCAAAAGAAUUACUAUAUUUGCCCACAUUUGAUGGUAGAAUUGUAAUUUAUCCUAGUGAUAAUAAUUUAUGA